AUGACUUCAUGGCGCGAUGAGUAUAUCCAGGCUCUCCAAGACCGAGACCUGCGAGAGCAGGCAAGCUAUCAGAAGUUGGAUGCCGAUCUGAUAGCAGCCUUCACCAAUCUCCUCGACCGCACCGCCGAGCUCGAAGCCGACAAAGCCUCAAAUCUCUGGCCAUCUCCGCCUCAAUCCGACUCGAAAACCCGAGACUCCCCCAAGCCAACAGGAACGAAUGAAGGCACGGGACAGCUAAGACGGGAUCUUGCAGAAACAUUACGCUCAAACGGGCAGCUGCAGACUCGGAUCAAGAAUGCGGAGGCGGAGCUGGUGAAGCUACGCGCGAAGAGUAAGGCGGAUACGAAACAAAUAGAGGAGUUGUCGAGGGACAGGUCGUAUCUUGCGCAGAAGCUUAAAGAUAGGGAUGAGGAGCUGAGGGGGAAGACAAAGCUGCUUGAUGACGUUCAUGAUGAGGUCAUCUCGCUCAACUUACAGUUGAACAUGUCGGAGCAGAAGGUUAAGGAUCUGAAAGCUGAGAAUAAGGACCUUAUUGAUCGUUGGAUGGCGAGGAAGGGAAGGGAGGCAGAGGAGAUGAAUAGAGCAUUUGAGGAAAGAUGA